AUGAAUCACAUGGACCACAUGAGCAUGACCAUGAGCAUGGCCUCAACAGGAACCGCCACAGCGCCUAUGAGCACAGGCACCUCAAUGGACAUGGACAUGGACAUGGGCGGGAUGUCUCAUGAUAUGGGAGGGAGUUGUAAGAUAUCAAUGCUCUGGAACUGGAAUACUAUUGACGCUUGCUUCCUCUCCUCAACCUGGCACAUAACCUCAAAAGGCAUGUUCGCCGGUUCCUGCAUCGGCGUCAUCCUACUAGUCAUGAGCCUUGAAUUCCUCCGUCGCGUGGGCCGCGAAUACGAUGCGUUUAUCAUCCGGCGGGCGAGGUUACGGAAUCAAUACCUUGAUUCUUCUACUUCUACUUCUACUACCAACGUCCAUACAGGGAGUGGUAGCAGUAGCAAAGCGCCAGACACAACCACAACCACAAACACCACGAACCCCAACAAGAACGAUAACAACAACAUCCACACCCCAUACCCAAAAACAAACAGGAGAGAUGAAUUCCGCCCCACGCCCAUCGAACAAACCAUCCGGGCCCUCCUGCACAUGGUGCAGUUCGCAGUGGCCUAUUUCGUGAUGCUCCUGGCUAUGUACUUCAACGGAUACAUCAUCAUCUGUAUAUUCAUCGGGGCGUUCUUAGGCGCGAUGGUAUUUUCGUGGGAGGUCAUUGGUGGGAAUACAGAUCGGUAG